GACCCUGGCUGCCCGGCCGUGGAGGGACCAUGAGCGCCUUGCGGGACGUCUCCCUGCAGGACCCGCGCCGCCGCUACGAGCUCGUCCAGCGCAUCGGCUCCGGCACCUACGGCGACGUCUACAAGGCCCGUGACACUGAGACGGGGGAAUUAGCAGCUAUCAAGAUAGUGAAACUUGAUCCAGGGGACGACAUUGGAUCCAUUCAGCAAGAAAUCACCACUCUCAGGGAUUGUCGCCACCCCAAUGUUGUGACAUAUUUUGGCAGCUAUCUCAGAAAUGACCGUCUAUGGAUUUGCAUGGAGUACUGCGGAGGGGGCUCUUUGCAGGAGAUCUACCACUCCACUGGUCCCCUCUCAGAAAAACAGAUUGCAUACGUCUGCAGGGAAACACUCCAGGGCCUCCACCACCUGCACACCAAAGGGAAAAUGCACCGGGACAUCAAGGGGGCCAACAUCCUGCUUACAGCCGAUGGUGAUGUGAAACUCGCGGAUUUUGGCGUCUCUGCAGAACUGACGGCAUCUGUGGCAAAGCGGAAAUCCUUCAUCGGAACGCCCUAUUGGAUGGCGCCAGAAGUGGCUGCGGUGGAGAAGAAGGGUGGCUACAACCACUCGUGUGACAUCUGGGCCCUUGGCAUCACAGCGAUAGAACUGGCUGAGCUCCAGCCCCCCCUUUUCGACCUGCAUCCUAUGAGGGCCUUGAUGAUGUUGUCAAAAAGCAGCUUCCAACCCCCCAAGCUAAAAGAUAAGGCAUGCUGGUCUGCAGAUUUUCAUCAUUUCCUCAAACUGGCCCUGACCAAGAACCCCAAGAAGCGCCCCAUGGCAGAAAAGCUCCUGCAGCAUCCUUUUGUCUGCCAACCUCUCGCCCGCCUGUUAGCCAUUGAGUUGCUAGACAAAGCCACAAAUCCUGACUUGGCAUCUGCUCCCCUGGAUGAUGGAGAUUUUGAGGCUUAUGAAAUCUUUCCUGACAAAAUCCGUUCGCAUCGGCAGCACGAGCAAGUUGAAGGCACCCUCGCAGAGAUCCAACUGAAUCAGGUGAAAUUUGGUCCCUUGCUGAGGAAAGAAACAGAACCUUGGUGCAGUCUGAAGGAGGAGGAAGAGGAGAACUGGAUGCUGUUAGGAGAUGGAGAGAGUCUCCUUCAAUCUGUGGAAGAAGCGCUUGAGGAAAGGAGCUUAACAAUUCGCCCAGCAUGUCCCCCACAACAGGCCCAGGAGGAGCAGCGGCCCAGUGGUACGGAUGAGGGUGACAUGGGCACCAUCAAGAGAGGGCCUUUCUGGGACUUUCUCAACUUGGAGUUGGCAUAUAAGGCUCCCUGGGAACUUGAAGAGGGCCCUGAAUGCCCAGACUUGGAAUGUCACAGAAGUCAGACCCUGCCAGAUCGAACAGAGUUGAAUAAUGCUCCAGAUUCUGUGGCAUCCGGCUCUCUGCAACCUGCAGAUUCGCUCCUGUCCACAGAGUGGGCUACCAUGAAGAGGAAAGAAGAGGCUACCAGAUUGAUUUGUCAUGGGCUGCCCCCCACCCCAAAAGUCCACAUGGGAGCCUGCUUCUCCAAAGUGUUCAAUGGCUGCCCGCUGAAGAUCAAUUCAGCCACGACAUGGAUCCACCCAGAGACCCGAGAUCUCUACUUGGUGGUGGGGGCUGAGGAAGGUAUCUACACCCUCAACCUGCAUGAACUCCAUGAAGAUACCAUGGAAAAGCUUCUUCCACACAGGUGUUCUUGGCUCUACUGUAUGAAUAACGUGCUACUGACCUUAGCUGGGAAAUCUUCCCAGGUCUCCUCCCACAACCUUCUGGGUCUCUUUGAGCAACGCUGUCAGCUACAGAAGCGGCAGGUUCCUCUUUCCAUUGCCACCAACCGGCUGACAGAGCGAAUCAUCCCCAGGAAGUUUGCGCUGUCAGCCAAGAUAGCAGAUACCAAAGGCUGCUUGAAGUGUUGUGUGGUCCGUAAUCCCUACUCCGGGAGCACAUUCCUGUGUGCUGCUCUUCCCUCCAGCCUUGCCCUCCUGCAGUGGUACGAGCCCUUGCAGAAGUUUAUGCUACUGAAGCACGUUCCUGUGGUGCUGCCAGCUCCCUUGACCUUGUUUGAGUUGCUGGUGGUAGAGACGGAGGAGUACCCACAGGUAUGCUUGGGGGUCACCGGAAGCGACCAGCCAGGCGCAGAGUUGCAUUUCAGCACGCUCUCCCUCAGCACCGGCCUCAGCACCUCGAGCCCUUCUGGCCGGCCCCUCGUCAUGGCCAAUCAUGUCACUCAGAUGGACCGAGACACUGUCCUGGUGUGUUUUGAGCGCUGCGUGCGGGUAGUGAACCUACGUGGUGCUCCUCGGGGAGGCCUUGCUCCUGAACUCACCUUCAAUUUUCCUAUUGAGACCAUUGUGUGCCUUCAAGACAGCGUUUUGGCCUUCUGGAAACAUGGCAUGCAAGGCCGAAACCUGGAAUCUGGAGAGGUGACGCAGGAGGUAACGGACGAGUCCCGAGUGUUCCAGGUCUUAGGAACCCACAGAGACAUCAUUCUGGCGAGCACGCCCACGGACAAUCCCUUGGCGCAGAGCAACCUCUACAUCCUGACGGGUCACGAAAGCAGCUACUGAGUGCCUUCUCCAAAGUGUUGCUCCUCCUGGAGGUGCCUGGCCUUGUGGUGGACUAUCAUGAAGAUUGGGGGCUGGCUGG